AUGUCCGCCCUUGCCGAUGCCCGUCCUUGCCUCUGUCCGCACUUGCCUCUUCCCGUCCUUGCCUCUUCCCGACCUUGCCUCUUCCCAUCCCUGCCUAUUCCCAUCCUUGCCUCUUCCCGUCCUUGCUCUGUACGCCCUAGCCUAUGUCCGCCCUUGCUCUGUCUGCCCCUUGCCUCUUCCCGCCCUUGCUCUGUACGCCCUAGCCUAUGUCCGCCCUUGCUUUGUCCGCCCCUUGCCUCUUCCCGCCCUUGCUCUGUCUGCCCCUUGCCUCUUCCCGCCCUUGCUCUGUCCGCCCCUUGCCUCUUCCCGCCCUUGCUCUGUCCGCCCCUUGCCUCUUCCCGCCCUUGCUCUGUCCGCCCCUUGCCUCUUCCCGCCCUUGCUCUGUCCGCCCCUUGCCUCUUCCCGCCCUUGCUCUGUCCGCCCCUUGCCUCUUCCCGCCCUUGCUCUGUCCGCCCCUUGCCUCUUCCCGCCCUUGCUCUGUCCACCCCUUGCCUCUUCCCGCCCUUGCUCUGUCCGCCCCUUGCCUCUUCCCGCCCUUGCUCUGUCCGCCCCUUGCCUCUUCCCGCCCUUGCUCUGUCCGCCCCUUGCCUCUUCCCGCCCUUGCUCUGUCCGCCCCUUGCCUCUUCCCGCCCUUGCUCUGUCCGCCCCUUGCCUCUUCCCGCCCUUGCUCUGUCCGCCCCUUGCCUCUUCCCGCCCUUGCUCUGUGGGCGUCAGAAUGCACUACACCCAGGCGCCAGGCAGGCGGGACUGCUAACUCCUGGAGACGCGAGCUACUGGGUCUCUGGUGCCAACUUCACCGCAUUGGAGCAUGCCGCUGUCAUGAUGGUGCGCCCCUACCUUCUAGUGUAUGGUCUCUUACGAGUGCCCAAUGCACGUGAUGGUUGUCAGAUGGCCUUUGCUGACUACGCGCUUCCUGUGUGGCAGAUUGUACCAUUCGUGCUGGAGGGGGAAGUUGAGGCAAUCGCCAGUGGGCUGCCCCAGCUGUGCCGCCAGCGAUCCAGGAUGCACAGCGUGAUCACGGACAGGGAGCAGGCUCCCCUGGACCUGUACGCGACGUACGAUGCUGCAAUCCCGGGAGGCAUCGGGCCAUACGCCUACUUGACGCGCCUCUUUGGCUACGUCUCUUUCCCAGUGUGGGUCCACACGGCGCUGGCUCUACCAGCCCGCGGGACGGACCACGGCCUGAUCAGGCCACAAUAUGUCCGCGCCAACCCCUCGCACCAUGGUGCUGCCACAUUCUCGUUCAUUGAGUACGAGGAUGGGACCGGGGAGACGGUGGUCGACCGCGUGCACCUGCUCCUGACGCUGAUGAUGAACAGCGAGGAUGCACACCCCGCGGGAGAGGCCGUGGCCUUCGUGAGGCAGUGGUACCCCUCGGUGGAGGACGAGUGCACUGGCUGCAUGAGGAUGCGGCCAUCUGAUGACGAGCUGAGCUACGACCUUGUGCCGGUCGCCUCCGUGCAUAGGACCAUGCACAUGGUGGAGUCGUUUGUGACGCCUGGCCUGUGGUAUCUUAACAAGUGGGCUGGCCGAUGCCGCGAGGAGUUGCCGUAA